AUGGCUUGGCGAAAUCAAGGAAUUACGGGCUCCAACAACAUCCCGCUGGGUCGCCGUCGAUUCAACGGCGAGGAAGAAGAGGAUAGCCGCGAUGCGACUCCUUCUUCCAUGCCCGAUGGCCCCAAGCGUGGUCGCAGCCCCGUUCGAGCCGAAGCUCCUGCUGAAGAUGGCGUUAAACGACGUAAGAAGCGCAACCGUUGGGGAGAUCAGCAAGAGAACAAGGCGGCUGGUUUGAUGGGUCUGCCUACAAUGAUUAUGGCGAACUUUACCAGCGAGCAGCUGGAAGCUUACACUCUGCACCUGCGUAUCGAGGAGAUCAGCCAGAAGCUUCGGAUCAACGAUGUGGUCCCUGCUGAUGGUGACAGAUCUCCUUCGCCACCACCGCAGUACGACAACUUCGGUAGACGUGUGAACACCCGCGAGUACCGUUACCGCAAGCGUCUCGAGGAUGAGCGUCACAAGCUGAUCGAGAAGGCCAUGAAGACCAUUCCUAACUACCACCCACCUUCUGACUACAGACGUCCCACAAAGACCCAGGAGAAGGUCUACGUCCCAGUGAACGACUACCCAGAGAUUAACUUCAUUGGCUUACUCAUAGGACCUCGUGGAAACACCUUGAAGAAGAUGGAGACCGAAUCUGGUGCUAAGAUUGCUAUUCGUGGCAAGGGCUCCGUCAAGGAAGGAAAGGGUCGAUCUGAUGCCGCUCACGCUAGCAACCAGGAGGAAGAUCUUCACUGUCUGAUCAUGGCGGACACCGAAGAGAAGGUGAACAAAGCCAAGAAGCUGGUUCACAACGUCAUUGAGACUGCCGCUUCCAUCCCCGAAGGCCAAAAUGAGCUCAAGCGCAACCAGCUCAGAGAGCUGGCUGCUCUUAACGGUACUCUUCGUGACGAUGAGAACCAGGCUUGCCAGAACUGUGGUCAAAUUGGACAUCGCAAGUACGACUGCCCUGAGCAACGCAACUUCACCGCAAACAUCAUCUGUCGCGUCUGUGGCAACGCUGGCCACAUGGCCCGUGAUUGUCCCGACCGCCAGAGAGGCAGCGACUGGCGCAACAACAAUACUGGUCCCGGUGGUCGUGGUCCUCGUGCUGUUGGCGCUGGAGAUGCUGUCGACCGCGAGAUGGAGCAACUCAUGAACGAACUUUCGGGUGGCGCCCCUGGCGAGUACCCGCCUCGUCGCAUUGAAGCCGGCCCCGAACAGGGUAACCAAGGCGGCUAUCCUCCUGCUGACGACAGUGAUGUGAAGCCCUGGCAACAGCGUGGUCCCCCACCGGCACCCUCAGCUACUAGUGAUGUCGCCCCUUGGCAACAACGACGUGAGCACCGUCCUCGCGAUGAUUACCAACCUCGCGACAAUUACGGAUCUCGCGACAAUGGCCCCGCGCCCUGGGCUCAAAGCCGCGGUCACGAUAAUUCUGGAUACGGUGGCGGCGGUUAUGGAUCUCACGGCGGCUCUCACGGCGGUUCUCACGGUGGCUCUCACGGUGGCUCUCACAGUGGAUAUGCUGCGGCUGGUGCUGCUCCUUGGCAACAACAGGCUGCCCCUGGCGGUCAUGCUGUUCAGCAACAGCAACCCGCUUACGGCUAUGGCGGUUAUGGUUAUGCUGCUCCUGGUAUGGCUGCUGCUGCGCCCGGCAUGGCUCCUUGGUCCUAUGGAGCUGCUGCUCCUGGUGCCGCUCCUGGCGCUCCCCCUGGUGCUCCUCCUGGAGCUGGCAGCCCUCCUCCUCCGCCUCCACCUGGUGAUGGGCCCCCACCCCCCUCCUCCUAG